ACAAACUGGCGCCACCGUUUCCAUUGCGGUCGUCGGGGCGUGCUGUGAUGCCACCCGUGGCAUGGACCAAAUACUGAAUACACGGCCCAUCUCCUUUCCCACCCAGUUUCUAUUUUUCCCUUGGUUGGCGGGCGCUGAGCCGCGCCGCGCAUGUCGAGGCGCGCCCGCAGUCGGAUCAGCGCGCGAACCCCCAGGGCAGCCAUGGCCGACGACCGCCUCCCGUCACGGCCGAAAACGACGAUUGAGAUUCCCCUCCACUCGAUCCGGAAAUAUGUGCCCGGCUCCGGGCCACCACCACCUCGGAUAUCGCUGGCUCCGCCUCGGGACUCGACCGCCUACAUCAUCGACCAGUUCAUCCUUCCUUCCGACAAAGACAUGACCGCGACUUCCCGGCGCCUGAUUCACUACCAUAUCGGCUUUACCGAUCUCCCGACCGUGAAACUCCUGAUACCAUGCAACAAGGUGCUGGAUUACGUCUCGCCGCGCGAGCUCGAGGAUUGGGAGUACCGAAAUCUCGAAAAGAAGGAGGAGGAGCGGGCACGCCUGUUAGCCGAGAGGCAGGGGGCUGGUCCCAAGGAGAAGAAGAAGAAGCCCGGCCGGCCGGCCAAGAUCCCUAUGGAGGACGUUGGUGGUUCGGUGCUGAACGCGGCAGACGAAGCCCUACUGCUAGCUCAGGAGGUCGGGGGCCCGUCCUUGUCUACGCCGCAAAAGAGAAAGCCAGAGCUGGCGCUGGCCGAUGGUGAGAUCGGUGAGAGUACCAGUGCGGAGUCGGACGAUGCUGCAAUUUUCCGGCAACUGGAAGGAAGAGAGGGGUCUGCGGACAUGGAGUCCGACGACAACAUGGAGGAGGUCGGCUCGGAAUCGGUGAAUCAGCGCGCUCUUCAUCAUGUUGGCAAAUCUGUAUCUGCCCUCGAGACCCCUUCUCUGGUUGGUAGUAGCAUUGCCCGACCUUCCCAAGACGCUCUUCCUCAAAGACCAGCUAUCCCCCAAGGGAGCAGCGUCACAAGUUCUGGCCCCGCAGCUUCCAAUUCACUCAGCAAUGCUUCCACUACCGAAAGGAUACACCCGGCUUGGGCGCAAGCAUUUGGUCGGCAAAUGGACCCCGAAAAACACCCCGAAGAACCUGGCACCGCAGAAACUGCCAGUCUCUCUUCAGGGUCGUUAGCGAGAAAACGCAAAGGGCGAGCGCCCAACGGGGGGAGCUCGGCGCAAAAGCAACAACAGGCAAAGAAACAGAAGAUCAGGCAGGGAGAUGAGCCUCCUGCGGACGAAUGGGAGGUCAAGGAGCUCCUAGAUGACCAAUGGUUCAUAGAGGAGGGUACCAGGGUGCACAAGUAUCUCGUUCUCUGGGAAGGAGACUGGCCCGAAGACCAGAACCCGACCUGGGAGCCGGCAGAGAACGUGCAAGACCAGGGGCUGAUCAAUCGGUACCGGCAAAAGAAGAAAGCGGGCCUACUCAAGCCCCCAAAGAGCAGUCAAAAGACACUACCCCAGUACUGGGCAGGUGCUAGGUACUCCAGCGUCGCCGAAGCGUUCGAAGCCGGUAUUGACGAGCGGGCGGGCGUAGUCGCUUCUGGCGCCGAGAGGGAAGUGGAUCAGCCCGACGAGAUGCUCCUCGUGACGGAAAACGUGAAGGACAUCGCACCGUCACCGGGCUUUGUCUUCGACAGCUUGCUCGCGCGGUACAAUCAGGCUUUCCAGCGAGGCUAACAAGGUCCGGGUGUCUAAGAGAUCAGCUGCACACGGACCCAGAUGCACCCGCUCAUGCAACCCUCCGGCCCGGCCUC